CAGGGCCUCAGCCAAUCCGCGCGCUGGGCGGGGUCCGAGUCGCCGCUGCGCGGCCGCCCGCCGACAGCCAGGGUCUGGGCGCGCUGCGGACCGGCGGGACGCGCAGAGCGGCGGGACGCGCAGAGCGGCUGGGCUGCCCCGGGCCGAGCGAGCAUGCUGGACCACCGUGCGGCCGGACGGGCGCCGCCGCUCUUGCUGCUGCUGCUACUGCUGCUGUCGCGGGCCGCGGCGCUGCACCCGGACGAGCUCUUCCCCUACGGGGAGACGCACGGAGACCAGCGGCUGCGGGAGGGCGACGACGAGAGCUCGGCCGCCGUGCAGCUGGCCGUCCCGCUGCGCUUCUACGACGCCCAGUUCCGCAACCUCUACGUGGGCACCAACGGCAUCAUCUCCACCCAGGACUUCCCCAGGGAGACGCAGUACGUGGACGACGACCUGCCCACAGACUUCCCGGCCAUCGCCCCCUUCCUGGCCGACAUCGACACGAGCGGCGGCAGGGGCCGCGUCCUGUACCGCCAGGACUCCUCCCCGGCGGUGCUGGGCCUGGCCGCCCGCUACGUGAGUGCAGGCUUCCCGCGCGCCGCGGCUCCCUUCAGCCCCACGCACGCCUUCGUGGCCACCUGGGACCAGGUGGGCGCCUAUGAGGAGGUCCGACGCGGGGCAGCGCCCUCGGAGGAGUUGAACACUUUCCAGGCAGUGUUGGUGUCUGAUGAGUCUGAUGCCUACGCCCUCUUUCUGUAUCCUGCCAAUGGCCUUCAGUUCUUUGGAACUCGCCCCAAAGAGUCUUACAACGUCCAGCUCCAGCUGCCGGCUCGGGUGGGCUUCUGCCGCGGGGAGGCCGAUGACCUCAAGAGAGAAGGACAGUAUCUCAGCUUGACCCGCACCGAGCAGUCUGUGAAAAAUCUCUACCAAUUGAGCAACGUGGGCAUUCCAGGCCUGUGGGCUUUUCACAUCGGCAGUGCCUCCCCGCUGGACAAUGUCCGCCCUGCAGCCGUGGGAGGAGCCCUGCCCGCUGCCCACUCGUCGACUCCCCUGAAACAUCCCUUCAGCCAUGCUGUGGCCUUGAAGGCCGACCACCCUGAGGACAGUCUGGAUUACUAUGAUGAGAACGAGGAGGAGGUUGAAUACCCGCCGGCUGAGCCCGAGGCGGCCACCGUGGACAUUGCCUUCCACUCCAGCACUGACUCGGGGCCUGUAGCAGGUGGACUCUCUCCCCCAGACUCUGAUCUGGCCUCCCCGCUACCUCCUCCAGCAUCAAGUGAACGGCCAUCCCACCUGCACUCAGAAUCCACCACUGGGGAGCCUCCGAGCAAACAGGAGGCCCGGCUCCAGGAGGUACCGAGCCCGGAACGGAGACCCGGAGCUCAGCCUCUGGGCCAGACAGGGGCCGGGAGUGUGGCUGUGCCAGCAGUGGAUGGAGACUCGGUGGCUCCAGCCCAGGAGGCCCCCACGCGGUACCCCGAUGAUGCGGGGGACACCCUCCCUCGUUACUCUGUCCCCAGCCUCUCGGCUCCCGUGGGUGGCGGGCGCUAUGUGGCAGGAGUGGAAGAGGACAUCACUUCCAACGCCGAGGUCUUCACGUACAACGCGGCCCACAAGGAAACGUGCGAGCGCAACCACGGCCAGUGCUCGGCGCACGCCUUCUGCACGGACUACACCACCGGCUUCUGCUGCCACUGCCAGUCCAGCUUCUACGGAGACGGGAAGCACUGCCUGCCGGAAGGGGCGCCUCAUCGAGUCAACGGAAAAGUGAGCGGCCACCUGCGCGUGGGCCACACGCCCGUGCACUUCACCGACGUGGACCUGCACGCGUACAUCGUGGGCAACGACGGCAGAGCGUACACGGCCAUCAGCCACAUCCCGCCGCCCGCGGCCCAGGCCCUGCUUCCCCUCACACCCCUCGGAGGCCUCUUUGGCUGGCUCUUCGCUUUAGAAAAGCCAGGCUCCGAGAAUGGCUUCAGCCUCACAGGUGCCACGUUCGUGCAAGACACGGAAGUCACUUUCUACCCAGGAGAGGAGAGGCUUCGCAUCACUCAGACGGCCGAGGGCCUCGACCCCGAGAACUACCUGAGCAUGAAGACCAGUAUUCAAGGCCAGGUGCCUUACGUCCCAGCCAACUCCACAGCCCACCUGGCUCCCUACAAGGAGAUCUACCAUCACUCAGACUCAGCUGUGACCUCCACGAGCUCCAGGGACUACUAUCUCACAUUUGGUGCAGUCAACCAAACGGGCUCCUACCGCAUCCACCAGAACAUCACUUACCAGGGGUGCAGGCAUGCGCCGAGCCACCGUGCCAUCCCCGCCGCCCAGCAGCUGACCGUGGACCGGGUCUUUGCCUUGUACAGUGAAGAAGAAGGUGUGCUUAGAUUCGCCGUCGCCAAUCAGAUUGGCCCUGUGGAAGGGGACUCAGACCCUGCUCCCGUGAAUCCUUGCUAUGAUGGAAGCCACACGUGUGACAUGACAGCACGGUGCCAUCCAGGGCCAGGGACGCACUACACCUGUGAGUGUACGCCUGGGUACCAGGGAGACGGACGGAGUUGUGUGGAUGUAAAUGAGUGUGCAACUGGCUUCCAUCGCUGUGGCCCCAACUCUAUGUGCGUCAACUUGCCCGGGAGCUACAGGUGUGAGUGCAGGAGUGGUUACACCUUUGCUGAUGACCAGCACACGUGCAUCUUGAUGGCCCCUCCUCCCAACCCCUGUGAGAAUGGCACCCACACCUGUGCACCUGCUGAGCAGGCCCGGUGCAUCCCCCACGGAGACGGCACCUUCAGCUGCGCCUGCCUGCCCGGGUAUGCCGGCGAUGGGCACCAGUGUUCCGAUGUGGACGAGUGCUCCGAGAACAGCUGUCACCCUGCAGCCACCUGCUAUAACACCCCUGGUUCCUUCUCCUGCCACUGCCAACCUGGGUAUCUUGGGGACGGAUUCCAGUGCACACCUGACUCCAGCUCAGGGCUGAAAGCUUGCCAACAGCAGCAGCUCUACGCCCAGGCACAGCACGCGCGCCCCGGGACCCGGCUCCACAUCCCCCAGUGUGACGAACAGGGCGACUUCCUGCCGCUGCAGUGUCACGGCAGCACUGGCUUCUGCUGGUGCGUGAACUCAGAUGGUCACGAAGUGCCUGGCACCCGGACUCCGCCUGGCUCCACCCCACCACACUGCGGACCGCCUCCAGGGCCCACUCAGAGGCCACGCACUGUGUGCGAGCGCUGGAAAGAAAGCCUGCUGGAGCACUACGGGGGCACCGCGCGGGACGACCAGUACGUGCCGCAGUGCGACGACCUGGGCCGCUUCGUGCCCCUGCAGUGUCACGGGAAGAGUGACUUCUGCUGGUGUGUGGACAAAGACGGCCGAGAGGUGGCGGGCACGCGCACCCAGCCGGGCGUCACUCCCACGUGUCUCCCCGAGGCUGUUCCUCCCCUGAUUGGAGCCAUGCCCCGGCCCGAGGACUCUCUCACAGGCAGCUUCCUGGUCUACGCCCAGGGCCAGCGCCUCGGCCGUUUGCCCUUCAAGCGCACCAAGCUUUUGAAGGACCAGGCCUCGACCCUGCUGUCAAUGCAUGGCUCCAUCAUCGUGGGGCUUGACUAUGACUGCCACGAGAGGAAGGUGUACUGGACGGACGUCGCCGGCCGGGUGAUCAGCCGCAUUGGUAUGCAGCCAGGAGCAGAGCCCGAGGUCAUCAUCAAUUCAGGGCUCUUGAGACCCGAAGGAGUGGCUAUCGACUUUAUCCACAGAACAAUGUACUGGACGGACAGCGGCCUGGAUCAGAUAGUUAGGACCAACCUGGAUGGCUCCGAGCGCGAGAUCCUCUUCUACGUGGAUCUGGUGAAUCCCCGCGCCAUCACGGUGGAUCCAGUCGGCGGUAACUUGUACUGGACAGACUGGAACAGAGACGCCCCUAAAAUUGAAAGAAGUUCUUUAGAUGGAACCGGUAGAAGAAUUCUGAUUGGCAAAGACAUUGGAUUACCUAAUGGCUUAAACUUUGACCCGGUCACGGAAAUGCUCUGCUGGGCAGAUGCAGGAACCAGAAAACUGGAGUGUACACUACGUGAUGGAACUGGACGGCGGGUCAUUCAAAGUAACCUCAACUACCCCUUCAGCAUGGUCAGCUACAUCGACCACUUCUAUUACACCGACUGGAGGAGGGACGCCGUCAUAUCGGUGAAUGCAAACACUGGUGCGGUCACUGAGGAGUAUCUCCCCGAGCAGCGCUCUCACCUCUACGGGAUCACUGCCGUCUUCCCCUACUGCCCCACAGGAAGCAAGUAAAUACUGCAACAGAGGAGGACUUGGCGUUUACAAACUGAAUCCUGACCCUAAUGAACAUCUGCUGCAAAGAAAGUAAAAAAAGAAUUGGCGGUUACAAGUUCCUGGACAUACAAAUGAACAUUUUUAGUACAAAGACUAAGUAUAUUUUGUGAAGAGCUUAUACCUCAAUCUUUACUACUGUAUUUUUAAGAACAAAGGUCGUUACUGCAAGUUAAAAAAGGUAACAGAAUUGUUGCUUAGUAAAGCAGCUUUUUAUAAACAUUUAUAUAAUAUUUAAAAGGCCAAAUUCACUUGACUAAGAACAAAUUGGAGUUUAUAUCUGAUUUCUGCUAUACAGUCUUUCUGGCCAAGAAAUUAAAAGCACAUGUGAUCAGAAUAAAAAUAGUAUCAUAAAGAUCAUAAACCUUGAACAGAGAGGUUAUGCAUAUGGAUGGGAAGGACUUAGUUUCCCAGCAAGUUAUGGUUUCUUACCUCUGCAUCCGUGCAUUUCUAUCAAAAGGUGCUACAACAAUUCAAUUAAGUGCCUCUAUUGAAGCACCCCAAGAGAGUGCUGCAUCUAUAAAUGCCAAAGAUGUAAUGUGUAACAGUUGGUUUUCUAGAUUACUCCAAUAAAGCAUUCUAAAUUUUCCUAUGA